GAAAAUUUAAAUAACACGUGGAAGUGGAAUAAUAGCAAUUCUCUUAGAUAUUUGCUACAAGAAAUGAUCAUUGAAUCUUCAAAAUCUUUAUCAUCUACAAAUGAAGAAAUCACCAAGCAGCAAUUUGCAAUAUCAAUCUAGUCAAAGAAAAAAGAAUCCAAAUUUUCAAGAUAUUACAGAAACUGAAUAUUCCACAAAGAGAAACUCAGGACUGAAAAGUUUCAUAUCUAUUGUCAAAAAACUUGCUUUGAUUUUUAGUAGCAAAAGCAAAAAAACAGCUUCAAAUGUUGUUGGAAGUGAUGACAGAAAGAAUACAUCAAAAGCAAGAUUGAUGGUAUCAUCUUCAACUGAUUUAUCAUCUGAAAGUGGCAACAAGAAUUCAUCAAAAUGGAAAUUUUCUUCUUCCUAUGCAUCAUCUAGUACUACAAGUGGACAACUUGGAGUUGGGAAUUUUACUUUUGAUGAAAUUUUUAAGUCAACUGCGAAAUUCUCGCCAGAUAAUCAGAUUGGUGAAGGUGGAUUUGGAACUGUCUAUAGAGGGAAGCUUAAUGAUGGAACUAUUGUUGCGGUGAAGCGCGCCAAGAAGGAAGCUCUGCAGAGUCACUUAUAUGAGUUCAAGAAUGAAAUAUACACUUUAUCAAAAAUUGAACACUUGAAUCUUGUGAGGUUAUAUGGAUAUUUGGAGCAUGGAGAUGAGAAGCUUAUUGUUGUUGAGUAUGUUGCUAAUGGAAAUCUCAGAGAACAUUUAGAUGGCACUCGAGGCGAUGGACUAGAAAUCGGCGAGCGUCUAGACAUAGCAAUUGAUGUAGCUCAUGCAAUAACUUACCUUCAUAUGUACACAGAUAAUCCGAUUAUACACCGAGACAUCAAAGCAUCAAACAUCUUAAUUAGUGAGAAUCUAAGGGCUAAAGUUGCAGACUUUGGUUUCGCAAGGUUAUCCGAAGACCCUGGCGCAACUCAUAUUUCAACUCAAGUUAAAGGAACUGCUGGUUAUAUGGAUCCUGAGUACUUGAGAACUUAUCAACUUACCGAAAAGAGUGAUGUUUAUUCCUUCGGCGUAUUGCUCGUUGAAAUGAUGACAGGAAGACAUCCUAUUGAGCCGAAGAAACAAAUCGACGAGAGAGUCACAAUCAGAUGGGCAAUGAAGAUGCUAAGGAAAGGGGAAGCAGUGUUUGCAAUGGAUCCAAGAUUGAGAAGAAAUCCAGCCUCCAUCAAGGCAAUGAAGAAGGUUUUCAAGCUAGCUUUUCAAUGCCUUGCACCUUCCAUACAUUCAAGGCCACCUAUGAAGAAUUGCGCCGAAGUUCUGUGGGGAAUCCGUAAAAGUUUUAAAGACGAAAUGACUCCUAUUCCCGCCUUACCUUCUCAUCAAUCUGAAAAUUUUCCUCAAAGAGAAAAGAAUAAGCAUAUGGUAUUUGGUAUCGAAGAUGAUGACAGCUACAAAUUUACCUCCGCGCCUAAUCACAUUCGUUCAUGAAAUUUGUUUAUUGUUUGAAUUGUUCAAAUUGCUCAAAUCAUGAUUUUAAAUUGCAGUCGUGAUUAUGUUGUGAACAGCUAUAUUGCAGAGACCUCUAAAACUUUUACAUUACGGCCACACUUAUAGUUGCAGACUGCAAUUUCAAACCAUGGUUUAGAUGUGUAUGCCAGUUUGGCUUAUGAUUGUAGUUUUUUCCGACCUUUUGAUUAUACCUUAUUGAUUGAUAUCAGAUAUUUAAUAAAUGAAAGAAACUCGAUUUUUUUUUUUA